AUGUCUACCAUCACAGAUAUCACGGACGAAUCUACCUUUCACUCGCAUGUUUCCUCCCUCCCAUCAACCGCCCUAGCCGUCGUUUCCUUCCACGCGCCAUGGGCAGCCCCAUGCAAGCAAAUGCGUCUCAUUCUAGAAACCCUCGCUUCAUCCUACCCACCGCAAUCACCGCCAGUCAUAUCAUUCCUAAGUCUUGACGCCGAGGCUCUGCCAGAAAUAUCUGAGUCCUACGACGUCACUGCUGUACCAUUCCUAGUCCUUCAGCGAGAUGAGAAGGUGCUCGAGAGCGUCAGUGGAAGCGAGGCUUCGAAGGUACGGGACGCGGUUGAACGCCAUGCUGGAAAAGGGGGUAAUACUGGGAAGCUUGGGCUGCCACCUGCGUUGGAGACCAGCCCAGUAGGAGGCGGAGAAGAGAAGGGUCAGCAGACGGAGAAGACCAAGAACCUAAGUAGCUAUGCGCCGGAAAGUGGUGACGCUGCAACGGCGCCUGAGAUGUCGUCCACGCAGGGCCAGAAGGAGGAAUUGGACCAGAGAUUGGGAGAGCUGGUAAAGGCCGCACCUGUAAUGCUCUUCAUGAAAGGGACACCUAGCACACCACAGUGCGGCUUCAGCAGACAAUUAGUUGGUUUGCUGAGGGAGAAGGGGGUGAGAUACGGUUUCUUCAACAUACUUGCAGAUGAAGAAGUCAGACAAGGGUUGAAGGCUUGGUCCGAUUGGCCAACCUUCCCACAGCUGUAUCUCAAGGGGGAGCUCGUUGGGGGUCUUGACAUAGUGAAAGAAGAGUUGGACAGUAAUCCGGGCUUUUUCUCGGAUUAUCAAGCAGCGCCCAAAGGGCAAGGGGGUAUGUCGGCGCCAGAAGCUCAGACGGAACCGAUCAGCCUCGUUUCAAGGUCCUGCAUAGCCCCUCUUGACGUUCUCAAAAUCCGGCUACAGCUCCAGAUCCAUUCUCUUUCCGAUCCGUUAUCAAGCCGGGACUCAGCAAGAGCUGCGCGUUAUGGUAUUGGAAACACGUUCAAGAGCAUUCUUCUUGAUGAAGGAAUCACAGCUCUGUGGAAGGGCAACGUCGCAGCCUCAUUUCUUUACAUCAAUUAUGGAGCCGUACAAUUCUCCGUCUAUCGUGCAGUUUCCACAACAAUUCAUCCUCUGAACAUGCAAAACGAGGCCGAAGCCUUCAUCUCCGGCGCUGUUGCCGGGGCAUCAGCAACCACUUUCACUUACCCUUUGGACCUCCUUCGCACACGAUUUGCUGCGCAAGGGCCAGAUAAGGUGUAUGCCAGCUUGCGAGGCGGUAUCCGCGAUAUCUGGCUUGAGGAGGGUCCAAAAGGCUUUUUCCAAGGGUUGGGAGCUGGAGUGGGCCAAGUCGUGCCUUACAUGGGACUCUUUUUCAGUGCGUAUGAGGCCUUCCGAACACCACUGGCAACGCUAUCUCUCCCAUUUGGAUCCGGUGAUGCGACUGCUGGCGUACUCGCUAGUGUGUUAGCCAAGACAGGAGUAUUCCCAUUGGAUUUGAUCAGGAAACGCCUGCAAGUGCAAGGGCCAGCGAGGGCGCGAUAUGUAGGAGGAACAAUACCGGUGUAUGGGGAGGGAGUUUGGAGGACGGGAAAGAGUAUCGUGGCUCGAGAGGGGUGGAGGGGAUUGUAUGGAGGUCUAAGCGUAGGAUUGGUCAAGUCUGCGCCAGCCAGUGCGAUUACAAUGUGGACGUACGAGAGGGUUCUCAAGAUUUUGAAAGAGAUGGAGAAGCCAAAUGAGAAGAUGACAUGA